AUGGAUAGAAGCAACUUCCAACAGCAGCGUAAAAAACGUCGUGAAGCUAAACGAAAGUCGGGUGAAAAAAGGAAACCCAAAUCGAACCGAUCCGAGGAAAGUCUACAUCCAAGCUACACCAAUUUACAGCCACCAUACUCGGCCAGCUGUCGUCAACGAUAUCACGCAAAUAACAUGCUCUACGAGAAACAGUUCAACCACGAGUUGCGAAUGCUUGAGUUGAUGCAAAAUUCGGCCUACGAUUCGAUGCGGUUCCACCGCCAUUUCGCUAUUACUACACUUUGGCCACCGUUGCACACACGCAAGGAGAUCGAAUAUGUGUUGGAUAAGUUUUUCCGCCACUCCGAGCGACAAACUCGUCGUUUGCACGAAAUUAUGAAAGGUCCUGUUCAUUAA